AUGGCAUGUGGUACUCCCAUCCCGUCUGUGUUAACCAUCCAUGGUAUAUGGCCUCAACAUGCAAAAGACGUUCUAAUUCCUCCUUACAAUGCAGCCAAUAAUCUCUGUUACUCCAAGGCACCCAUUACUGACUUAGUAGUCCUUAAGGCAGUUGGGGUUGUUCACCAUAUUCUUUCGUUUGACAUGGUUAAUGAAAAGUUUUCAACUUCACCACUGCCUGAAUUUGGUGGGACUUUAGAACAAUAUUAUUUGGAACUUUUGGACUUCCAUGGAAUGUUUGGUGCUAUUUUUUACCCAAGGGAAGGAAAUGACAAGUCUUUUGAUUUAUGGGUUAUGAAUGGGUCGUGGACUAAACAAUUAAGUGUUAAAAAUGUUAUUGGAUUUCAGAGGCCUUUGGGGUUUUGGAAAAAUGGCGAGUUGUUUCUCGAGAGCUCUGAUCAAGAACUAGUUUUAUUUGAUCCCUCCAUACAAGAGCUUAGAAAUCUUGGUGUUCACACUUAUAAAGAAACAAUGCACAUUACUGCUUAUGUUGAGAGCUAG